CCUGCCCGAGAUGGUCCAGCCCGGAAGUGCUGUCGGGGACUGCGGCUGCGCCUCUCUGGAAAGGGCAGGCGUCCCGGGGCCGGGCACUUCCGCACUUCCGCUUUCCGGCCCAGACAGCGCCCGCGAUGACUGCCACUCUCCGCCCCUACCUUAGUGCCGUGCGGGCCACACUGCAGGCCGCCCUCUGCCUGGAGAACUUCUCCUCCCAGGUCGUGGAACGACACAACAAGCCAGAGGUUGAAGUCAGGAGUAGCAAAGAACUGCUAUUGCAACCUGUUACCAUCAGCAGGAAUGAGAAGGAAAAGGUUCUGAUUGAAGGCUCCAUCAAUUCUGUCCGGGUCAGCAUUGCUGUGAAACAGGCUGAUGAGAUUGAGAAGAUUUUAUGCCAUAAAUUCAUGCGCUUCAUGAUGAUGCGAGCAGAGAACUUCUUUAUCCUUCGAAGGAAACCUGUGGAGGGUUAUGACAUCAGCUUUCUCAUCACCAACUUCCACACGGAGCAGAUGUACAAACACAAACUGGUGGACUUUGUAAUCCACUUCAUGGAGGAGAUCGACAAGGAGAUCAGUGAGAUGAAGCUGUCAGUCAAUGCCCGGGCUCGUAUCGUGGCUGAGGAGUUCCUCAAGAACUUUUAGACCAUCUAGCUGGAUCUCGCAGCCUUCCCCCUUGGCCUCCCCUGUGUCUCUGCGUCUGCGAAGGUGUCCUGGAGUCACUCCCCGGAGCAGCGGUGCAGCAGCAGCAGCAGCAGCAGGAAGCUGGGUUGGGUGGGCAUUGGAUGCGGGAGGCGGUGUGGUGAGCUUGCUGGCUGUGCAGAAAGGCAGCAGUGGACCUGCCCCAUGGCCACAUGCGUCUGGUCUGGCUAGCUUCUGAUGCUCAGUCCCCUGGGCCGGGACAGCCUUUUUUUUUUAAACGUCUUGAAACCUAAACUCUGUGCUUGUAGAAGACUGUAACCUUUUUUGUCUUUUUUUUUUUUUUUAAACCAACCUCCACCUCCAGUGGCUGUGACUGGCCCCAGUGAUUGUACCUUAUUGGUCGCUGUGGUCUGGGCGGGCCUGGAGCCAGAAGGCGACUAUUUUUCCCCAGAGCCACCCCAGGUGGGGAGAGAGGGAAAUUUCAGACUAUAGUUUUUUUUCUUGCUGUCUUACCCACAAGCCCCCUUGGGCCUUGUAGAGGUGGUAUGGACCCUCUGCUAGCUUCUUGAGUUCUGCCUGAAGAUGCCCACUGCACUGGUUGGGAACAAGGGCUGAUUCCAUGAUUGCCAGGCAGGCCUAGGAGCUGGGGUCAGAAGCCAGGCAAACUUCUGGCCGCAGGGACUGCCUGGUGUCCAUCCAACACCCUUCCAGCUGAGAGGCCCAAGGUUGGCCCAUCUGGGUACAGUGCCUGUGCUGGAGGUGCAGAGGUGAGUCCUGCCUGCUCAGGCUCCUCUGCUCCCAUGCUCGCUGUCUCUGAUUCUGACCAAUUCCCCCGCCCUAAUUAAAGUCUUUUUCUGCCCCUUUGGGGCUGCAUGAG